AUGCCCGUCCUAGAGAUUGACACAGCGCGUGAUCCAAACCUCGAAAUAGAAAUCCCUCAACAGCAUCCUCCAGCACCACUACAAGUGCAGCAGCAACCAGUCCAACCUUCAAAACUUCAACAUGUCCUGAUAGUUGUCGCCUCAACGACACUCAUUUUCACAGUUUGCGGGAUUGGCUUCUCCUUUGGUGUUUACCAGGAUGUCUAUCAAGAGCUAUCCCACGACCCGUCAUCGCCCUUCUACGGCUCAUCGCCAGCCAUGAUUGACCUCAUCGGCACACUGGCAAUCUCUCUCAUGACAAUUGGUGCCCCAUACACGACGGCCUGGACCAAACAAUUCCCGCCACGCUUCGUCAUCUGGGCCGGUGGAAUCGUGUUCUCUCUUGCCUUACUGUUGGCCUCUUUCAGCCGACGAAUGUGGGAGGUUCAGCUUACCCAGGGGUUUCUCUGCGGUAUAGGGACUUGUCUGUCGUAUAUGCCCGCCGUCACAGUGGCCCCAACAUGGUUCACUGCCCGUCGCGGCCUCGCCAUGGGUAUUAUUCUCUCGGGCACUGGUAUCGGAGGCGUCGUCUGGGCCCCGAUCCUGCACGCUCUGGUCACCAAGACCGGGUUCCGCAACUCUCUACGCAUAUCGGCCGCCGUUGCCUUUGUACUCAUCAGUGCCGCUGCCCCUGUCAUGCGUUGGGAAGCUGCGGCAGCUCGCCGGUUCAGAGCAGAGGCGAGACGUCCGUCAGGCAUAGUUGGGCUGUUCAAAAUCCCCCUGGUGGACUAUCGCAUUGCUCGGUCACGCACGUUCCUCGCCCAAGGGCUGGGCGCCGCUCUGCAAUCUGCGGCAUACUACACGCCCGUGUUUUUCUUCGCCUCGUACGCAAGGACCUUGGGCUACUCGUCGGCUACGGCCUCGAACUUCAUCGCCCUGUCCAAUGCGGCCAACGCUGUCGGGAAGAUCACCAUCGGCCACGCAGCAGACAGGAUCGGCCGGCUCAACGCAUUGUUCCUGACGACGGCCAUCUCGGCCAUUGCGGCUCUUGGCCUGUGGAUUCCCUCCUCCCUUUCCUCGACCCAGUCCGAGGGCCGCAACCUGUUCAUCGCCUUCACCGUGCUCUAUGGCAUCUUCGCGUCUGCAUAUGUGUCACUGUUCCCCACCUCUCUUGUAGAGCUCUUUGGAGUCCAAAACUUUGCCUCGGUAAAUGGCUUUCUGUACAUGGUGCGAGGAUUGGCCACGAUGGUUGGGACACCCGUCGCUGGCGCACUGAUCCGGAGUGCUACCCGUGAAAAGGGCCCAGCGCCCUAUCAGAAUACUGCCAUUCUGGUUGGCGUGCUGCUGGCAACGGCCACCAUCGCUGUGUUUUGGGUCAGGCUCGAGGCUGCGGUCAGCAAUUUGAGGCAAGGAGGCGCAAGAUGGAAGCUAUGA